AUGCCUUCCGAAGUCUCCGAUAUCAAGCAGUUCAUCGAGAUCUGCAGGCGCAAGGAUGCUAGCUCUGCCCGCAUAAAGAAGAACAAGAAGGUCAACAACAUCAAGUUCAAGGUCCGCUGCUCGAAAAACGUCUACACGCUCGUUCUCAAGGACACGGACAAGGCCGAGAAGCUCAAGCAGAGCCUGCCUCCUGGUCUCACCAUCUCCGACGUCGGCAAGAAGAACCCCAAGGGCAAGCACGCCGCAUAA